CCUAGAGCGCCCCAGCAAACAGAGGGCUGGGUGGGGCCAACGGCGGCGCGCCAUUGUCCUUCACGGAACUUCCGUUUGGCGCGUCGGCCACUCCAGCCUUUAUUCUAUUUUAUUUAUUUAACAUGCUCCGACAGCGACGCUCGCGCCUGCGCAGUAGCGUCCAACCUGUUGCUAGGGGAGCAGCGGCCCUAGUGAUGGAGCCGGAAUAAAGUAGGUAGGAAGAAUGGACGCGGGAGCGAGCGGUUAGUUCAAGAGCGCAGGAUGCCGCACAAGAUUGGGUUUAUUGUUAUAAGUUCAUCAGGACACGAGGACGGCUUCAGUGCAAAAGAACUGAUGGUCCAUGCACCAACUGUCAAUGGAUGGAGGUCACCAAGGCUCUGCCAGUAUCCCCAAGAAAUCGUCCUUCAGAUGGUGGAGCGAUGUAGAAUUCGAAAACUGCAGUUGCUGGCUCACCAGUACAUGAUCUCCAGCAAGAUUGAGUUCUACAUCAGUGAGAACCUGCCCGAGUACUUUGCGCCGUACAAGUCGGAGAGGUUCCGAAGGCUGGGUUAUGUGUCUCUCUCAAACAACGAGAAGACUGGCUACAAGGCACGAGAACUGAAAUCGGUCUACGUGGAUGCCGUUGGCCAGUACCUAAAGUUGACAUUCCACAAAAACUAUGUCAAUAGGUACAACCUGUACAGUCAGGUUGCUCUUGUAGCAAUAAAUAUCAUUGGAGAGCCUGCGGACAUCAGUAAUGACAGUAGCCAUUCUUCCAGAGAGAAGCUGAUUGACCAUUACCUGGGGAGCAACCCAGAUGACUCAGCCUUAGAUGGAACAUACACUGGGAAGCCAGAUUUGAUUUCACCGCUGGACGAUCUGGCUUUUGACAUGUACCAAGAUCCAGAGGUGGCACAGAUCAUCCGUAAGCUGGAUGAGAAAAAAUAUGAAGCGGUGCGCCAGGAACAUUAUGAUCAUGCCAAGAAACUCAAGCAAGCCAUUGCGGACCUGCAGAAGGUUGGGGAGCGGCUGGGCCGCUACGAAGUGGAAAAGCGCUGUGCCGUCGAGCGGGAGGACUAUGAUCUCGCCAAGCAGAAGAAGCAGCAGAUGGAGGAGUACCGCCUGAAAGUGUACCAACAGCUGGAACUGCACAACCUCCUCGAUCCGGAUCUGAUGAUCUGUCGGCCUCCCGAUCUGCCUCUCGAGCCUGUGGUUUAUCCUUCCACUUCUCCUCAACAAAAAAAGUCUCUGCUUUCCCCCCGGCGGGUUAAAACUGAAACGGAGAGUCCCGAGCCGUUGCCUCCUGAGAAGCCUCCCGAAGGUCCUUCCCCUGAGGCUGUUGCAGCACAGACCUUCUCUCCUCCCGCGGCCCAGGCCCCCAUCUCAGCCGAGGCUUUUCCAAAGAUAAGUGUCGAGUUCUUACCUUAUGACGAGAGGCCUCUCCCGGCUAUUCGUAAGCAGCAGGAGGAAGGCUUUCCUUACUUGGACCCCGAGAUAAAUGAGCAGGACCCGGGGGACACCCCACGAAGUGGCACCGUUGGAGAGCCUGAGCCGUUGACCGAGAAAGCAUUGAGGGAGGCCAGCUCAGCCAUCGAAGUGUUUGGGGAAGGCCUGGUUGCUGGAGCCUAUUCCAAAACGUGGUCCUACCGCGAAGACUCAUUGCUCGCCAUAUAUAAGAAAAUGAUGGAGGUUUCCACGAGUACGCCGAAGGAUGACCUGAAGAGCCUGCUUCGGGGUGCCAUCUUUCUCACAGUGAGAGCCAUAAAAGACAUUGUCUCUUCAGUUUUUCAAGCUUCCUUAAAGCUCCUAAAAAUGAUCAUCACCCAGUACAUCCCCAGGCAUAAGCUUGGGAAGCAGGAGACCACUUACUGUGUGGAAAGGACCUUCCCCAACCUUCUCUCCAGGACAGGGGACUCCUCUGCCCGCCUUCGUGUAGCAUCUGCCAACUUCAUCCAGGAAAUGGCCCUCUGCAAUGAAGUGAAGCCUCUUCAGAUUAUACCUGCUCACCUGGUGCAGCCCCUGAAGCCAAAUUCCCCUGCCCAUCUUGCAAUGAGCCAGGUGGAGUUAGUGGAACGCUUGCUGAAAGACCUGGGGACAGAUAACACUGGCUUUACUGUCGAUAAUGUAAUGCGGUUUGCAACAGGAGCUCUGGAGCACCGAGUGUACGAGGUCCGAGAAACCGCCAUCCGGAUCAUCUUGGACAUGUAUCGGCAGCACCGAGCCAUCAUCCUGGAUUACCUCCCUCCUGAUGAUGCCAAUACACGCAAGAACAUUCUGUACAAGAUGCUCUUUGAUGGGUUUGCUAAAAUAGAUGGCAAACUCACAGAGGCUGAAAUCAGGGCACAGAAAAAAAACGCUGCCGAAGAAGCCGAAAAGCAAAAGAAAGAUGAGAUCAAAGCUCUGCAAGGUCAGCUGGCAGCUCUGAAGGAGAUGCAAACAGAAGCUCAGGCUGCAAAGGAGAAAGAGAGUGAGUUUCAGAAGUCCAAGGUUCAAGGUGAAUCCUUUAAAAAAGCCCCACAGCCUGUGACAACAGAAAUUCCAGAUGAUCACACCUCAGUUGCAAAUUACCUUGACAACCUCUGCAUUUUCUGUGGGGAAAGAGAUGAAUCCUUCACAGAGGAAGGACUGGAUCUCCACUACUGGAAACGCUGCCCGAUGCUAACGAGAUGCGAUUUCUGCAAGCAGAAAUCCAGUUCGUCCCAUCAUAGUGGAGGACCAGAGCAGGUUGUGGAAAUCGCCAGCCUGACUGAGCACCUGCUGACUGAGUGCGACAAGAAGGACAACUUUGGCAAGUGUCCGCGCUGUUGCGAAGCCCUGCCGAAGGACGAGCUGCCCCGACACGUCAAGGGGAAGGCCUGCAACCCUGCCAAGCCUGAAAAAGUGGCCAAUCGUUGUCCGUUGUGCCAUGAAAAUUUUACGCCUGGAGAGGAGGCCUGGAAGGUGCACCUGAUGAGCAAAGACGGCUGCCGCAUGAAUCCGAGGCGUGUGCAGUCCUUGAAUAAGAGCAUGCCGACGCAAUCAGUGGCCGGCAGGCCUGCUGCAACAGCUCUCCACCGAUCUGGGCCAACAGGAAUGAAGCUUCGCUCCCCCUCGGUUGGAAGCAAGAUCCCUACUCCACGAGGAGGCAUGAAUAAAAGCACUGGCAGAACGUAUGCAAAGCGAUGACGCGGAUCUCUUCUUUCCUUUGGCUGUGCAACUAGCAGCACUUUGUGUAUCUUUCUUUGAGGUUCCGCGCGCAGAUAAUGGCCCUGCCUCACCCCCUCUCCUUCCCCAAGCGACACGCCGCCAGUUAUCAGCCGGUCAGUUCUGUCUGUUUGUGACUUGUUUGGCUCUGGUCCGUUGGUCCUCUCUGCCCCAAGGAUUGCACCUGUCUUCACAGGAGCUUCUGUGCAGAGAGGUUGUGCAUCAGAAACAUUGUCCAGGAUUCUGGGGUCUUUAAGCUAGCAGUAGGCGCUCAAUCCUUUACACUGAUCCCUUCUCGGAGUGCAAAAGCAGGGGAAAAGAGUAAGUACAAGAUGAAACCUUUUUAUUCUCUCCAGUGUCCAGAUCGCUUUCUCUCUGCACUGCGGGCCCAAGUACGAGGAAGGAGGCCUUGCGUUGUACAGGUCUUGCGGCUUCAGUGGGAUUUGCCAUGCUGGUCAUGUUCAUGUUCAACCCAAUUUUCAAAGAAUUCCUCCAGGCAGAAUACUUUGUAAUUCAGGCUGAGGUUGAAAUGUUUGUUCAAAAGGUGUUUUGCGCACUUGACAAGGGUUUGUUGCAUCUCCUAUGGCUCUUGCACGCCUCCCAUUGGUUUCAGUCCCAUAGGCCUGAUCAGUCUCUCUCCCACUCUGCUUCCCUUAACGGCUCCCAGAAUCUGUCCCUUGAGGCAUCCACCUCGGCUUGCCUCACAGGAAAGUUGUGUCUGUUCUUUGUUCAUAAUCAGGUACACCAGAAACAUGUGGAUUUAAGCUCCACAAUUCUGGACACCAGGGCUGUCACUUGUGGGCCAUUCUGCCCUCUUCUUAUCCUAUUUGAAGGUAACUCUUUCCCCCUCUUGCUUGUUUUCUGCGUACUUUUGCUAACCCAGUAUCACUGUCAAGUGUGUGCAUACUGCAGCUAUUGUGAGAGAUAAAUACUGGCCUAAAACCCAGAAUGUACCAUCUGGGUGCUCAGGUGGGACAGCUUUUGGUUGUCUGUUCCAUUUCAUCUUUCUAGUGUGUGUGGGAAUGGGGGGGAGGGAAAUGCAUGUUUGAAAGCUCUCAUGUAAAGAAAACAACCCUCAAAUGUCAGCAGAAAGGGCUGUUAUCUAGCUUUCCUGACUCCAGAUGGUGCUGGAAUCAGCUCGGUGAAUGAUGGAGCAAUGAGUGUUGGAGUCCAGCAACUUCUGGAGACCAUAGGUUCCCCAUCCUUGGAUUCCUUGAGGUUUGUUUUCAAACAUUUAGUUCCCCCACCUGCAGUCUAAACUGCCACCUUUUGACUUAUUUGAUCAUGUGUUUCUGCUCAAAAGAGAAGGGGCAGAUCAGAAAUACCUUUCUGUAGAUCGCAAGGUAGAGCCCUGUUAACCCAGCACGUGUGUGGACACAGCACAUUCACUAAGUAACCAAGGGAAGGAGCCAAGAACCUGUGCUAGAUGCACUCUCCCAAACACACUCAAAAUGAGAAUUGGCAUAUGGUUGCAGCACUUGCAGAUCCUGAAUAAAACGUCACUUGCAUGUUCCCAAAGGGGAUUUUCUAACCUCUCUAGGACAUUGUCCUGUCUGUUUAAGCUCAAGAGAGUGUAGCAUGAUGCUUUGGAUGGUAAAAGGAUCCACCCAUGCUGGUCAUUUUAAUAUGGAAAGGGUUGCCUCAUAAUGAAAAGUUUGAAAAUCUGUGGAUUAGGUAGCUAGAUAAAGGGCAUGGCUCUGUGCUACUGUGAUCCCUUGUCAGCAUUGGCCUUGAAACUGUGUAGGCUAGAGGGAUUGUGGAGGUGUGGGAAGGAAUGGGGAAGCUUGUCAGUUUAAUUUAUGAUGGUGGUGGGCAAUGAUGGUGGUGGGCACUCCUUAUAGGGAAGCAGAUAGAUGGUUGGAGCUCCCCAAAAAGCAGAAGCAGCAACAGGGGGCGCUCUAGUUAAGGAGAGAUUGAUGGCUCAUGUUUCCCUAGCAUAGAUGAUCCCUUCCACAGAAGGCAACCCUUUGCGUGGAGACUGCAUGUGUUGUACAGUUAGCGGUGAAGCAGGCUAGCAUCUGCAUAGAUUUAUAGAAAAAGAAGACUGCUGCUUCUGUCACCUGGAAACAACCCAAGUCUACUCAGUUCACUAGUUUAGAUGACUUUUAAAAAGAAUUAGAUCAAUCCUGCAUGAACUAGUCUAUCAAUGACUUUUAGCCAGGAUGGUCAAGUGGAACCUCUUUGUGCAGACCCAGCAUACCUCCUUUAAACAAAAAACAACACAGGUGCUGGAUACUGACGAUUGGGAGAAGCCACCACCUUCAGGCCCUGCUUAUGGACUCCCAGGAAGCAUCGGGCAGAUGCUAAGGCUAAAUGGACCCCCUGGGGCCAAUUCAGCGGGGCUGCUCUUAGGGGGCCUUCCUUCCUUUCCUGGUGCAAAAACUUGCUUUUAGCCUUCCCUGCCUGGCCCUCAUAAGUAGGAACUGCAAACCUAGCAAAGCAGAGAUGAUGCUUUUGGUUUUGGGGGCCCAGUGUGCCAAUUUUAAAUUGGUUGUGGCGUUGCACCAUCAAAUGCACUUGGGCAUGAUCAAGCACUUGCACACUUCCUGGCACAAAUCAGGCAUUCCUGUGGACACAGACUCACGUGCGUACAGAUGUUGUGAGGCACACAGGCAGAUUCUCCUGAUCCAUUCACAAGCAAGCACACAUUAUUGUUCAGUAGAAAAAAAUGAUUGAGAGUAAGGCACAGGAAGUAUCUUUAUCUCUCCCCAGCAUUCUUUCACCACUCAUUCCCUGAGUAACCCUGUGUGGGGCAAGUUGCUUAAGAAAGCGCUCCCUGUCUGCUGAAGUGGGAGCUGGAGGCCAUCAUAACAGCUGCGGAACCUGCCCUGCACCUUCUGACAGCUCUUCCUCCUUGGCCAAGCCUCUCUCAGCCUCAUAUUCCUCCACAGACGCUACUUAAUAAGUCAGGCAUUGCACCUGCCCUGGCCAGUCGCACCUUUACCCUCAGUCCCUCCCAAAGGCUCUUUUCGGAACAAGAUUGUUUUCAGAAGUCUCCGGAAAACCAUCAGGGAGGGAGCAGAGCAGGCUUCUUGGGGUAGGGUAUUCCAAAGCUUGGGGGCCACAGCUGAAAAAGCUCUCUCCCGUAUGCCCGUCAAUCUAACAUCUUUCACUCCAGGCACGCAGAGGAGACCAGAGGCAGAUGAUCUUAAAUCUCAGGCAGGUACAUAUGGGCGUAAGCGGUCCCUCAGGUACAUUGGUCCAAGGCCGUUUAGGGCUUUAAAGGUCAGAACCCGCACUUUGAAUUGGGCCUGGAACCAAAUUGGGAACCAGUGGAGUUGAUAAAGCACCGGGGUAAUAUGCUCCCUGCGCCGUGCUCCAGUUAACAUUCUGGCUGCUGCAUUUUGAUCCAACUGCAAUUUCCGAACCGUUUUCAAAGGCAGCCCCACAUGGAGUGUGUUACAGUAAUCAAGCCUCGAUGUCACCAAUGCAUGUGUCACUGUGGCCAAGUCAACUGUCUCCAGGAACGGACGCAGCUGGUAGACCAGUCUGAGUUGGCCAGAAGCACUCCUGGCUACCGCAGCCACCUGAUAUUCAAGCAGCAGGGCAGGAUCCAGGAGGACUCCCAAACUGUGGACCUGCUCCUUCAAGGGGAAUGCAACCCCAUCCAGAAUAGGUUGCAAGACUUUCCUCUUCUCCCAGGCAUUUUAGCAUGUGUUUUUAAAUUGUUUUAUAUUGUUUUGAAUUUUAAAAUUGUGUUUUAAAUUGUUUUUAAAAUAUGUUUUUAAAUUGUGUAUUUGUUUUAAUGUUUUUGAUUGCUGUAAACCGCCCAGAGAGCUUCAGCUAUGGGGCGGUAUACAAGUGCAAUAAAUAAAAUAAAUAAAUAAAUAUGAGACCAGGGAUUGUGUCAAAAGCAUGACGGGAUCCAAGGGAGCAGUGCUGUACGUGAGGUGCAAUUCAGAGGGGCAAAUGGAAACGCAGAAAGGAAGGGCAGUGCUUCCCCAGACAUGAUUCUGCUUUCCUGGAUUGUCUUUUGACUUGUUUAGGGCAGAAUUACACGGGACAUCGGCAAACACAAGUUCACAACCCUUUUGGUUGCUGAGUAACAGGAAUUCUGUGGCAGGAGGGAUGCAUUUUCAAGACAGAAGCAUCAGGGGAGCUCUUAAAACACCCACACAUACACUUUGUACAUGCAUCCAGAACCCUUUCCACUGGUUUGUUUUGAUCCCAGGCAGACUUAUUUCCAAAACUGGGGUAAAAAGCCAGUUGAGGGUGGGGUGGGGACAGCAGCAGAUGGGGUAUGGGUUAAAUGCCCCUGCUAUUUUACCCCUGAGAUUCAUCCCCUCCCCCGCAUUUGCACACCUCCAUGUACACCUUACUGUGCAAUCACAGGGUCUUAGUGACCUUGGCUGGAAAUUACCAGCUUACCUCUAGGAAGAGAAAUGCGUGUUUCCAGGAGCAACGUUGCCAUGCGAGAGGAAACCCUUUGCACGUGGCAUGUGCUUGCCUGCUCCAGGCAGCAGGUUUCUCCACUUCAGAUUUCUCAAGACAGGGCCAAGGCUUCUCGUGAAUCCCCGUCAGCCAGUCACCAGUCGAGAGUCUUGCCUCAGGAAGCCAGCACCAACAUGUCUGCAGUUGGGUUUUUGACAUGCAACUGGAUAGCUUGCAAAGUUGCAACUUAACUAUGCUGU